AUGGUGCACCUGUUGUUUGCCAAGUUUAUCAAGUGUGAGUUCUGGUUAGAGAAAAUGUCAUUUCUAGGUCAUAUAUUUUCAAAAGACAGACUUAUUGUGGAUCCGACUAAAGUAGAAGCUGUUGCCAAGUGGAAAUGGGCAGAGAAUCCUACUGAGAUUCGUAGUUUCUUGGGUCUAGUGGGGUAUUAUCGUCAAUUUAUAAAGGAUUUCUCAAGAAUUGCGGGAGCUCUAAUGGAUUUGACCGAGAAGAAAACUAAUGUUGUGGUAGAUGCUUUAAGACGAAAUGGUCAAUUAGCAGGUUUCAUGAUAAGAGAGUGGAACCUGUUAGAGGAUGUUAGUGAAUGGAACCCUCAUCUUGAGCGACAGAAGACCAGAUGUAAGGAGGUUCUUGUAAAGGCACAUACUGCUGCAUCUGGAGCUGUGCUAAGAUUGCAAAUAGCUCCUGUUCUUGGUAGGAAAAGGAAACCAAUUGAGUGGUCUGAGUUUCAGUGUGCUGUUAGCUAG